AAACACAGCAGUAGAUGUUGGAGUAGAUCAUUCUACGUCCAGAUAAAGGUAGGUAUCACAGAGAUGGCCCAGUUAACCGGAGAUGUGUUUCAAAGCUUUCUGGAGUUCAAUGAUCCGGGGAUAAUUGAAGAGCUAACAGGGAGUAGAGCUACUGUUUCAAGCAAUAACGAGCAUGUGGUCACGACUCUAAAGGACAUUACUGAUGAAUUUGCUCAAACACGACUAAGAGAAAAAACAAGGCAACUAGCAGAACAGGAAUCUCACAAGUCGUAUUCCUUCUCUGAUUUCACCAACAUCAUAACAGAGGUGGUGAGGGGCUCACAGUAUGUGUGGGAGGCGAUUUGUGUGGUGUUCCACUUCUGUUGGGACCUACUGAAGCUGUUAGCCAGGCGAAUCGCUGGACAGAUAAAGGAUUGUUUCAUAGCCUGUAAGAACGCUGUCUCUUACGUCAUCGGUAGGGUUGUAACCUGCGUGGGCGGAUGGGUUCGCGCUCUGUCUAAGGCUUUAUCUAUUGGCACGUUAAUAAAUUCUAUAUUCACGUUUAGUACGGGGGGAAAUAAAUGAAUUAGUAUUAAAGUUGUAUGGGGUUAUUCAACACUAGUCUUUUAAUUUUAAAAACAUUUUUUAAUGUAUCUAAAAAAAUUCCAUAACUAGCUUAUUAAAUACAGGAUGUUGGAUAC